AAUCGAGCACACGGCGCAGUCGCUUGCACUAAUGCAAAUCUGCUCAGUAAGUGGAACUGCGUUAGUCACUUCCUGCACAAAGCUGCCCUGCCCCAUUUCAGCCGCCGAACGCCCAUUUCGGAAUCCCGCGGCAGCAGGAACGGGGUACGAGGGGCGGCGGGAAGGGGCAGCGCCUCCGCCUCUUCCCGGGGAGCGGCCAUCCCGCCCACCGGCGGGCGAGAUACUUAAAACUGCGCGGGAACCGCCGAGAGCCCCCUGGGCUCCCGCUCCGCAAAGCCAUGUCCACCCCAGCCAAGCGGCACUGCCAAAGCCCCGCUGGCUCCCUCGACUCCAGCUUCCAGAAGCGCCUCAGAAAAGUUUCCAUCGAGGGGAACAUCGCUGCAGGGAAGUCAACGUUUGUGAGGCUGCUGGAGAAGCACAGCGAUGAGUGGGAGAUCAUCCCCGAGCCCAUCGCCAAGUGGUGCAAUGUCCAGACAGCCGAGGAUGAAUAUCAGGAACUUUCAACAUCUCAGAAGAGCGGAGGAAAUCUGCUUCAAAUGCUGUACGACAAACCCACAAGAUGGGCUUACACCUUUCAGACUUAUGCUUGCUUGAGCCGAGUAAGAGCACAGUUAAAACCAGUCUCAGCAAAGCUACACGAAGCAGAACAUCCAGUGCAAUUUUUUGAGAGAUCUGUGUACAGUGACAGAUAUGUAUUUGCUUCUAACCUGUUCGAGUCUGGGAACAUUAAUGAAACAGAGUGGUCUAUUUAUCAGGACUGGCACACAUGGCUCUUGAAUCAGUUUCAAUCAGAUAUAGAACUGGAUGGCAUGAUCUACCUCAGAACCACACCUCAGAAAUGCAUGGAAAGGCUACAGAUGAGGGGAAGAGAAGAGGAACAAGGAAUUGAGCUUGAGUAUUUGGAAAACCUCCACUAUAAACACGAAACCUGGCUCCAUGAAAGGACUAUGAGGUAGGAACCCAUUUUCUGUAGCAAGUUUCAACUUGCAGGCAAGGUUCUUCCAGCUUUAUACUAAAGUUGAUAAAACCAAAGUUUAAGUCUGCUAGCUUCACUCAGGCACACUUGAAAGGAUUUAUUUUUAGACCCACUUCUCAGUUUUCAAAGAUGGAACUUCAUCUAAUUUGAAACCUUUGUUAAGCAUUAGCUCCAACUAGGAGGCUUUAUAGCUGUAACUCCAGCAAGGAUAUGGAUUUUGCUAAUUGGAAGGGCACAGGAAUAGGGCAGAUAAAAUAGUGUUCAAUGGCCAAUCACAGAAGUCACUUACUAAGCAGCUUUGUGUUCCAGUGCAUGGGGGGGGCAAGGUCCC